GCGGGGAGGGUGCAUUUGCGCUUGUGUUUGCGUUUGCGGUUGUGUAUCUGGAAACGAUAUGCGGCUUUUUGAGAGAAAUGGUUUCUGGGUUUGGGCGGGCUGCGUGGUGGGAGUUGUGAGAGCGAGGUCGGAUGGUUUUUCGAAUGGGACUCUCCCGAGCAGCUCGAAUGGCUUCGUCACUUCUUCUCGGCUGCCUCAGAACGCGUCCACUACUGCUACGGACGGCUCUAGCUGGGCAUCGGUGCUCAGCUGCUAUGAGACUUGGACGUCCUACUUGGACGCUUCGUACUCUUAUGAACAUAACAAGGAUCUAUGGAAGACUUCGUACCAAGUAACAACCGGAAUCACGACAACUACCUCAACGGAGACUAUUACACUGAAUUUUACCGGCCCUUACAUCACUCUUUGCGAUGGUAUUCCCCGCGGUGGUAAGAGAGAGACUGUUUAUUCGACACACUCUGGAACUAGUAGCUUCAGCCGUACACGGACAUCCACUGUUCAGCCAACCUACACCAAGGACCCACCCUCUUGCAGCUUCAGGCGUGAAGACUGCUCUAGCCUCGAUGAUGUAAACGAAUCCUGGUUAUCUACGGCUACAAAAAUUGCUGCGAAUCACAUGCCGCCUAUGUGUUCUUCGUUGACGUACACCAGCUGCCAACCAUGCUCGCUCUACGGCGCCGACCUGGUGCAGUUGUAUUACUGGCCCGUGACGGGAGACGCACAAACGCUGUGUCCCAACGGCACGACGGCGCACAAAGCCAACGCGAUGAUCACGGCGCAGCCGCGAGCGCGAGCAGCCGAGCCCGUGACAACGACAAUCGGCAGCCUGACGUUCGUCUCGCCGUCCGUGUACCUCUACUUCACCGGGCUCAACGCGCUCGGCCUCAGCGGCGAGCACUGCGGCACCGUCGCGCCAAACCGCACCGCGCUGCUCGCACUCCCCCCCUCAGACCUCUCGACCCAGCACGGCUACAAAGGCGCCGCCGGCCCCACCUCCUUCAACCUCGACAACCUGGCCUACACGACCGUCGGCGACUUCGCCUACCCCCUCGUCCCCUCCAGCGCGUACUGGUACCCCAACUCGUGCUGCGGCGACUCGCCCCAGGGCACCGACUGCCCCUUUGCCGUCUCCACCUGCGCCUCCAGCACCAUCUACGACAACUACCGCCCCAAAAUCGCGUUUCCCUCGCAGAUCACCGACAUCGAGCCCUCGUGGGCCACCUGCACCCCGUUCUGGGACUUUGAGGGCUCGAUUGACCCGCCUAUUGCUCUCAAGCCUGCUAAUGGUCUCUUCGGCACUACGACUAGGGGCAAGCAGGGCCAGGCGGUUGAGACGACGCCCGCUUCGCCGAGCUCGCCCCUCGACCCCCCGUUUGCUUCGAAGACGGCGGCGCCCGCCGUCCCUGUGUCUGACCCUUUGACGCGGACGGGGAUGGCGACGGCGACGGCGCUGCCUCCUCCGUCUGCCACUUCUGACCCCCCAAUCGCAGAUCCUACUACAGCUGCACCUGGUUCUGAUGCCGAGGAUCCGGGGGAGGGUCAGCCCGCCGUGCCGCAGACGACGGAGGCGGCGACGGCAACGGCAACGGCGACGGCGGCGCCUGCUGAUCCGGGGACUGGGGCUUUUCAGCUCGAUCCGACUGGUGGCGCUUCGUCCCCUGAUGCCGCUGUGGGAGAACACACACAGCCCGCCACAGCACCCAGCAGCGCAGAAGACAGCGCCGGAACCGCUCCCCAAGCCGCUGAUCCCCCAAACACAGCCAAAGACGAAGACCCCGCUGCCGUCAUCGGCGACGCUCGCACAGGCAUAGCACCUACAGCCACAGCCGUAGAGCAGCUUCCCGGCGCCGCUCCCGCCACAGACAAAGACACAAACACAGACAGCGCGACCACCGCCCUCCCCCUCCCCACCAACAACCCCGCUCCCGCUCCCAACCCCCCCUCCGCCACCGCAAUCACCACAAUCGCAAUCGCAGGCCAAGGCCAAAGCCAAGCCCGCACCUUCACCCUCGCCCCCGCAGGCGCAGGCAUCAUAGUAUCGGGCUCCACGCGCGCGUACUCCGCGCUCGACGCCCCGCCCGCUCCCGCGCCAGCAGUGUCAGUGCCAGUGUCCGCCGCGCACGCCGCCACUGCCAUAGUUGCUGCUCCCGCUCCCGACCCCGCCGACGCCAAGGCCAAUGCCAACGCCAACGCUCCCGCCGCCGAUGGCGCCGGCGCCCCAGCCGCCCUCAUCCUCCCACCCGCCGCGACGCUAAGCCCCGGCGGCGCAGCGGCCACAGUCGCUGGGCGGAUCGUCAGUCUGCGCGAGGAGGGCGUUGUGCUCGAUGGGGCGGUGGUGCCGUUCUCGGCCGUAGCAUCCGCGGCAGACGCGCCCAUGGCUAAGGCAGACGCUACUGCGGAUGCUUCAGCUGACGCUGCGGCUGUACCAGGCGUGCCGGCGGCGGAAGCGGGUGCAGGCAGCGCAGUCGUCCUCACGCUGGACGCGUCGCACACGCUGACGGCGCACGCGGGCGCGCCGCUCACGCUUGCUGCUGGCGCACAGCCUGCGACGCUGGUUGGCGGGCAGGCUGGUGGUCUUGGUGCUGCGGGCGUGGUGGUCAAUGGGGUGACGCGCGCGUUUGCUGGCUCUGGCACUGCUGCCGGUGGUGGUGCUGCUGCUGGUACUGCUGCUCCUGCUGUUGCUCCUGCUGUUGCUCCUGCUGCUGGCACGGCGCCAGCGCCUGAAGGCGUAGUCCUCACGCUCGAUGGGCUGGGCGUCGUCACCGUGACUAAACCUACAGACGCGGACGCAGACGCGACGGCAGCGGCAGCGUCAGCGUCUGCAGCGGCGUCCGUGGUGCUGACCGCGCCGGGCGGGACGAGGAUCACGGCGUUUGAACGCGUGGCUGGCGGGUCGGCUGGUGCAACUGGUGGUGCUGGUGCAGCUGUGCUUGCGGAUGGGCGCGCGCUCGUGGUGGGCGGGGAGGCUAUGACGCUUGCAGGGGCGGGGGCUGGUGCUGGUGCUGGAGAUAGGGAUGGUAAUGGGGAUAGAGAUGGAGAGGUCGCUGUUGCUGUCAGUGCGGUUGAGGGCGGGGUCGUGGUGCUGGAGGGCGGGAGGGUGGUGGAGACGGGGCUGUUUGCUGCUGCUGUUGGUACUGGCGGCAGUGGUACUGCUGCUGCUUCUGUUGCUGCUGGGAGUAGUGCGGCCGCUGGCGUGGACGCGGCUAAGGCGACGAGUGAUGGUGAUGUGAGUGUGGCUGUAGCGGCUGCGGCGACAACGGCGACAACAACGGGGUCGGUGGCUUUGUCGCGGACGGCAGGGACGGCAGAGGCGGACGACGAGGGGAGGAGCACGACGGGUGCGCUGGGCUCGGCCUCGGCAUCGGCAUCGGCAACAACAUCGACUUCCGCAAAAUCGUCUGAGGGUUCGGCGAAGGAGUCGACGCAGACGGGCGCGGCGGGGGUGGGGAGGCGGAGGGAAGGGACGGGGUUGGUGUUGAUGUUGGUGUUGGUGGUGCUGGUGUAAUGUGUAGCUUUGUUUAGCGCAUGGAUGGGUCAUGGAUGGGAUGGGAGGGAGUGUAUAAUAGUUACUGCAUUGUUAACUCGCAUGCUGGCUUCCGUGGGUGUGGUGUGUGGUGGUGGAUGCUCACUGUGUAGAUAUUACCUAAUACGAUACCUAUGAACGUAUUAAUAAUGACCGG